ACCAGUUACCCCCAUAUCAGUUCUUUUUCAGGCUAAGUUAUAGAAUUACUUUUCAAUUUAAUACUGGAGAAUUUCUGAAGAUGUCUGUUCAAGAACUUUGCUACAUUAUUGUAUUUGAUGGAGAGAGCAAUGCGGACACUGGAAGACAUGACAGAGUAGUAGCUUCAUCAUGCUGUUCUCAUCUGAAUGCAACAUUUUGGUAUACAAGGAGCACUUUGGAAAGUUUGUUACAGUUAGUGGGAUGCAAAGUGCACCAUGCUUUCCAGAUAAGUAGACGAGUUUUUGACAUCUUGGAGGGUGAGAACCUGAAAUCAACACUCAACACUGAAGAGAAAGGUAGUUUGGUGUCUGGACUGCGGAAUAUUGGAACUGACUGGAAUCAACCUUGUGAAAAAUACAUGGCAAAGGAACUCUUCACAGGAAAAAUCGAUGACCCUUACGAAAAUUAUAAGAAACAAGCAACUGUAAUGGUGGAGAGAGGGCAGUUCUUAGAUAUCAUAUGCCAUUGUCUUGAAGAAUAUCGUUAUGUGGGACCAAGCCAACGUGCUGAUAUCAUCCUUGGUUGCAGACUUCGUGAAAGGAAGGAAUCAGUUACCAUUUUGCUUUGCGGAACUAGUGGAUGUGGAAAGUCAACUCUUUCGACUUUACUAGCAAGCACGUUUGGCAUUACAACAGUUGUUUCUACUGAUUCUAUUCGCCAUACAAUGAGGAGCUUUUUUGAUGAAAAAGAAAACCCAUUAUUGUGGGCAUCUACUUAUCAUGCUGGAGAGUUCCUGGAUCCUGUAGCAGUGGCAGAAACAAAGAGGAAAAAGAAAGCUAAAAUGUUAUCUAAACCUUUUAAUGGCCAGGGUGGUUUGGAAUCAGCAAGAAUGAUACAAGGAUCAGAUGAUGCACCAGGCUGUAACUUCUCAGGGGCAGGUCAAGCAGAUCGAAAACAUACAGAAGUGAAUGAUUCUGUUGAAAGAAAUGCUGAAUCCAAUCUCACCACUGAGCUAGUUGGGUCCAAGGUACUGGCAGUUGAGGGAUAUAAGGCACAAAGUGAAAUGGUUAUUGACAGUCUUGACAAACUAAUCAUGGCCUGGGAAGAGCACAAAGAAUCGGUAGUGAUUGAGGGUGUACAUUUAAGCCUAAAUUUUGUGAUGGGGCUUAUGAAGAAGCAUCCUUCCAUAAUUCCUUUCCUUAUAUGCAUUUCAGAUGAGGAGAAGCACAUAGAAAGGUUUGCUAUUCGAGCAAAAUAUAUGACCUUGGAUCCUUCCAAAAAUAAGUAUGUAAAGUACAUCAGCAAUAUACGUACAAUACAAGACUACUUAUGCAAAAGGGCUGACAAGCACUUGGUUCCAAAGGUUAAAAAUACCAAUGUGGACCGAAGUGUGGCAUCUAUACACUCAACAAUAUUUAGCUGUUUGAGGAGGCAGCAGAUGGGGGCUUCCUUCUAUGAUGCUGCUACAAACACUGCUAAAGUUGUAUGUGAGGAAUACUGCAAGCAUUGUAAUGCAAAUUCUAUCAGUUCAAAAGGAAUGUUCCGAUUGAUCCAGAGACAAGGGUCGAUACGGCGUUACAUGGCUAUAGUAAAUUCUGAUGGUUCAGUUGCCAAAGCCUGGCCAUUUCAGCCUGUAGCUAACACUAGGGAGAUCCAUCCAUCUAGUGCUGCUACUCCUAGUGAGAGUGUGUAUCAAAUCUAUGGUCCAGUCCAAGUUCAUGCAGCUGAGCCUGUUAAUGUACAGUUUGGUCAUUUUGGGGUAGGUUCUUGGCUGAAUGGAACAGAAAGUACAAGCUACAUAGGCAGCUUAAAUGAUCCUAGAGUGGAUGGUGACGAACCGAUGACUCAGUUUUCUUCUUUGUCAAGUUCAUCUCUUCACCAUGAAGUGCAUGCGAAGGAGCUUGCAGAAGAAGUGGCUGCAUCUGAAAGUGAGGAUGAGGCUUUUCAAGAAGAUGAAGAUGAUUCUAGUGAUGCAACUGGGGAGCAUGGAGAUGAGAUGGAAGGUUCAGUUGCUGAGUCAUCAACAAUAUCCGAUGAAGAGUAUGAGAUAGUCCUAAAGGAUGGGAUGUCUGAUGAUGCUACAACCAUGGAUAUGCAGGGUCUGCCUACCAAUCUUGUUGAUGAUUCUCACUGACAUCACCAAGCGCUCAAAAGCAACUCUAUGAGACAAUUGAGAAGACCAAUCCAUGAAGCCUCUCUAUAGCCAUGUCCAUAGCCUUCCUCUUGGAAGAAGUCAUCAACAAGCUUAAGAAUGUAAAUGCUCAAACAUUUUCAAAAUAAAAACUAGAGAGAAUAGAUAAAUAAAUUUGACAGUUAUGUUGAA